AAGACUUACACCGGGUUAUGAUUGAGAAUGUAAGUGAGGAAAACACUAAAUUGAUUGAGUCUAUAAUGCCUCCAGACAUGACAGAGUGGGUGAACAAUCGUAAAAUUCCAAUUUGCUAUAUAAAAGUUCCGGCAGGUGGUGGGAAGUUCACACAUAUAGUGCUGUUUCAUGACAUACAUUUCUAUCGUGAAUUAUGACAUACUCGUAUCCCAAUUUUGGAGAUAGAACGACACGAUAAACACAAACUUUGUGGGUCUUACCAAGACAGUUUGACGUGGCCAAAAUUAGAUACGGUUGAUCGGUGUGAGCAAUAUCAGUAUGAUAUGUUUGAUGUGGCGACUUUUUUCAACUUUAGUCGAUUGCAAGAGUAGUACGAGCGACGCAUUGUCGAGUUCAUUUUGAUCUCGAUCGUUGGAGGAAUUCCAGGAACUCGAUAGCGGGUGGGCGCUAUCGCGAAUACGAUCAACAUGAACAAAUACGUUGCACUCGUGUGUCACUUUGAGUUACCGCGUGAAAUACAGCUGAAGCGAGCUGUGAUUAAUGUUAAAUCUAACGACAAUGCAUGUUUCGCGUGGGCGAUAGUCACCGCUCUACACCCAGGGGAAAGGUACACAGAUCGCACAUCAUUGUAUACUCACUACGCGAGCGUACUCAAUCUUCAAGACAUUGAGUUUCCCAUGAAGAUUAAUCAAAUAACAAGAUUUGAACGAUUAAACAAUAUAUCCAUCAAUGUGUACAGUAUCAUGGGAAAAAAGAACGUCUACUAUUGUUCCAAUACGUCUCACCGAUGGAAAGAGGGCAAAGCACGUCAACUUGCUACACAUUUCGGACCCCUCGAGACCACAACGCGGAACAUUUCGCAUUUGGAUCAAGAACUUAUCCCGGCUCAUGAGCUCGCAGUUGAGCAAGUAUAAAGUCAGAAAAUACAUUUGCGAUCGGUGUCGGCACUAUUUCCAUUCCAACGAGAAGCUGGAGAGUCACAUCACAGACUGCCAAAAAUUGAACGACUGCGCCAUCAUUCUGCCGACUGAGGACAACAAGUGGCUAAGCUUCCGCAAUUACAGCAGGAAGGAGCGAAUCCCAUUUAUAGUGUACUCUGAUCUGAAGUGUACACUAGAGAAGACCGCAAAGAACGGGGAAGAUCACAAAUCGCACACGAAUCAGCAUCACAAGGUAUUUAGCAUAGCGUAUUACUUGCGUUGCUCGUAUGACGAUUCGUUGUCAUAUUUUCGAAUCCGUCGCGAUACUGAUUGCAUUUCAUGGGUCAAACAACUCGAAAAGUUAGCGCACGCGUAA